GGCAUCGCCACUCCACUCACCAAAUCAAAUAAUUCCGAAAAGAGAGGGCUCAGAGGGGUAGAGAAGCCCAACUCAACCCCAUAAAAGUCAAAGAGAAAAUAAAUUUCUCCCUACCCUACCAUCAGGAAAACGUGUAGCAAGGAAAACGAGAAGGAGAUGGUGGAAGGGAAAGGGAGGAGCUAUGUUCCUCGCACCUGACUCGGUUCUCGUCGAAGUGAGAAGCACGUGCGUGGAGUGACCAUUGCCAGGGUACGGGCAGGGCAAAGGGGACGUACCUGGUCACGUGGGUCAUCCCCGACUUGAACUGGGGGGCAUGAAUGUUCAUGGAGCGAAACCCAGUGCCACGUGUACAGCAUUGACUCCUGAACAUUCGGCGCAUUUUCCGCGUGGCGGAAACCGUUGACCACGUUGUAGAGUAGCAAAAUUGAGAACGUAGAAAAGCUGGGGCAGGAAAGUGAUCAGUGCGCGCAAAGACCCGAGAGACGACGUGGCGAUCCAACGACGCGAAGAGCACUGGCACUGGUAAUCGGUGGGAAGAGCUAGCGGGGCAGCCGAGGAGAGGAAGCUCUGGCAGGAUGCGGGAAAGGUUGUUAGUACGCGUGUUCUCAAAGGGUGUGCGUCAUCGCCACGCAGAUGGUCGUUGUUGGCCGGUGGACAAGUACUUAGCGUGUGGGAACGGGGUGGGAUGGGGCGCUGCGGGAGGAGGAGGAGGAGGAGGAGUGGAUGUUCUGUGUGCGAGAGGAGAAGAGGGGAAGGAAGAGUUGUUGCGAUCGGAAUCGCCGCAGCAGGGCAUGGCUGCGUGGCGUCGUGAUGGCGGCGAUGGGGGGCAAAGGCACUGUCUUGCGCUGGGCGACAGCACCGCGCCAAGUCUGUCUGCCUCCGAUGGGCUACUGCUUGGAGGUCUGCAUCAAAGAGGUAGCAGAGAAACCGCCCGGGAAGUUUCACCAGAGGGACGUAGAAUGACGCAAUGCUUUACCCGGCCAAUCUGGCGACUGCCGGGUGUCGGACGGGCCGGAUUAUCCCCAACUUCGGAGGCGUGGAGCACUCUCAAGUCGCGGGCGGAUCAAAAGUCCGAACUUGGUGUCGAUAGUAGCAGGUACCUCAGGAACAAUGACGCGACGCUCCACUUCGCUGGUGGUUAUGGGAUGCCGACCAAUUGCGCAAAGCUCCACUUCGCUGGUGGUUAUGGGAUGCCGGUCGUCCGGCGCUUGUCAACAGGGGCGGCGACGAGUGCGUCAGGUAAUGCGAGCAGCUCCGCUUCUGUCGCUGUGGAAAUGGUUAAGUACAGCAGAUCUUGCAAGAAGGAAGCCAAGUUCGAUGAAGCGGCCAGGGUGCUGGAGCAAGGGUAUGCGUUCCUAUCCAAGGAAAUUGAGGAGUCCUCGGGGAAGGCGCCAGAAUUGGCAGUGUUGGUGGCCGGAAGGAUGCUUCUCGACAUUGCGAGCCUGGCUAUGGAGGCCGGAAGGAUGGAGGAUGCGCAAGAAGCUCUGGAUCGCGUUGCUCAGGUGGCUGCUAAAGAUCUGGAUAUGAGGGUAUCCGCAUUAGAGGCGAAGGUCGCUUUUUUCUUGCAGCAUCACAAGGAUGGCGAGGCCCGUGCCUGCGCGGAAGCAGCGCUGGACAUUGCCCUUGGGAGGGAAGGCAGCAGCAGCAGCGGGACGAACGAGAAGGCGGAGGCCGUUUUAUCGUCAUCGUCGUCAUCAUCAGCAUUGCGUUCCUCGUCUGCUAAGCUUGAAAGGACUUUUCGCGCCUUUUCGUUGGUGGGGCAUGUAGCCCUCGCAGAGAGGAGGAUCGAGGACGCUGCCGGUGCUUUUGCGAAAGCACGUGAUGCGUGGCAGGAAAUCCGUUCUUGUCAGAAUGUAUCUGCUAGUCCGUCGCUCCCCGCCAUCGCCGAUGGCCUCAAGGGCCUUGCGACUUUCUCACACUGCUCCGGAGACUUCCAACUAGCUCGGGAGUUAUAUGAGCACGCUCUGCAGUGCACUAAGUACGGAACGGACCAGCAGCAGUCGCAAAGUGAGGGGCAGAAUCUGAACGAGCUCGUUGAUGUGGCCAUCGCUUCGCAAUCGGAGGAGGUGACAAUGGAUGCGUUGCUUGGCUUGGGACAACUGUGUUCACACAUGAGGGAAUUUGACGAAGGGGAGAGAAGAUUGACAGAAGCCCUUCGCUUUGCAGAGCUGGUGGGCGGAGAGAAGCAUCCGCGGGUGGGCAUCGUGCUUUCUGCAACCGCUGAGCUGUACGCGAAACGCUCACAGCUUAACGGAACAGGGGAGACACUAGUUGCCGAGGGAUUGUUCCGGCGAGCCUUGCAAUUACUUGGUGCUUCCGUAUUCAACCUUAAGGAUCAGGUGUGGAGUGAGCAAAAGUACAGUGAUGUCAUCGCCUUGACAAGAGCAAGAUACGCUGUCGUGUUGAGUGCCUUUAAGAACAGGGAGCAAGAGGCGCUGAGAGAGAGCAGAUGGGCGGAGAAAGAAUGGAAGUGUGCUGCGCCUCUUCGCCUUGCCGUCAAUAUGCAGCCCAUUGCUGUUUCUGGUACGCAACUGGCAGAGGAGAAUCAGAUGGAGGAGGAUACAAGACCUCAGCUGGAUUAUCCUGUCCUGGACGCCAGGCUUGGCCGGGUGUUCUUCUAGAAGUUUGUCUAGUCAUAAAUAG